AGGAAGUAGCUAUAGCUGUCUUGGUUAGUUGAGCUUUAAAAUGAUCAGAUAUCUCUUGUACCCAUGUCGAGUAAUUAUAAAUCAGUAAGUAGGAAAAAAAUCGAGCGCUGGUAGAUCACGUUUUAAUUAUCCGUGUCAUUAAAAACUUUUCGCAUUUUAUCUUGUUUUUUUUCCCGAAGAGCAAUAGACAGCGAACUGACAAUGCGUGGGAAAGGGAUUGUGGUCUGAUGGUUAGCGUUAGCUUUGACACUCAUCCUGAUAGGAAAGCCUGCACAGCCGAGUUUGAUUAUUCAAAUUAGCUAUCUAGUUGGCUAACGGUACCUUAUAACUUUUAUUUUAACCAAAGCAGACAAGUGCUGCCACAUUGCAAACCCGUGGUCAUCUCAAAUGGAAUCGUUUCAAAACGACCGGGCGUCCCUGCCCAGGAACAUGAUCGAGAACAGCAUGUUUGAGGAGGAGCCAGACGUGGUGGAUCUGGCGAAGGACACUCCCGCCUACCCUCUGGACCCCGAAGACGUGUCAUACGAGCCCCGAAGCUCCAGGCUGCUGGUACGGGGCCUCGGCGAGAACGACCUAGACGAAGAGGAGGAGGACUACGAGUCUUCCGCCCGCCUCCUGGGCAUGUCCUUCAUGAACCGCAGCUCCAACCAACGCUCCAAUGCCUCACCCUACAUCCGGCAUGAUCUGCCCGGGCACUGCCCCACGCCCUCUGCUCGCACCCUGGUGGUGGGGAUGUUUGUCCUGGUCCUGGUGGCCUCUGUGGCCAUGGUAAUCUACUUCAUACCCAAGUGCACCUUCACCAAGGAGGGCUGCCACAAGGCCAAUGCCACCAUGGAGCUCAUCUACCCCAUCUCCACCAGUGGAGAACUCUUUCCCUGGACUGAGCUGCGGUUGCCAAACAAUGUCCGGCCCGUCCACUACGACCUCUUGAUGCACCCCAAUUUGACGACGAUGACCUUCCAGGGCAAAAUUUCCAUCACCGUGGAAACCACAGAAGACACCAGUAAGGUUGUGCUCCAUGCCUCUGACAUGAAGAUAACCAAGGCCACGUUCCAGGACCAAGAGGUCAAGGUUCUGGAGUACAAACCCAGGCAGCAGAUCGCCAUCAAACUCCCGGAGGACCUGAAGAAGGGGACGUCAUAUGUUUUGACCCUCGAGUACAAUGCAAACCUCUCAACCAGCUAUGAUGGCUUCUACAACAGCUCCUACCAUGACUUGAAUGGGGUCAAAAGGGUCCUGGCAGCAACCCAGUUUGAGCCUCUCGGUGCCCGGAAGGCUUUUCCCUGCUUCGACGAACCGGCGUUUAAAGCUACUUUUCUACUUAAGAUACAGCGAGAUCCUGGAUACAUCAGCCUUUCAAACAUGCCCAGGAACAAGACCACGGAAUUGCCAGGUGGGAUUUUUCAAGACGAAUUUGAAAACAGCGUGAAGAUGAGUACCUACUUGGUUGCUUUCGUUGUGGCUGAUGAAAAGCAAUUUGCAAGAAUCAGCACAAAUGUUUCCGGGACACUGGUGUCUGUGUAUGCAGUUCGAGAGACAGACCAGGUCAAAUACGCCCUGGAAACUGGAGCCAAGAUGCUGGAAUUCUACAAUAAGUUUUUUGGCAUCGAGUACCCUUUAAGGAAACUGGACCUGGUGGCCAUUCCGGACUUCCUCGCGGGAGCCAUGGAAAACUGGGGGCUGAUUACGUUCCGGGAAACAACCCUGCUCGUCGUUAACGAGUCUUCCAUCCUCGACCGCCAACUGGUGACGUGUGUGAUCGCCCAUGAGCUGGCACACCAGUGGUUUGGUAACCUGGUUACCAUGAAGUGGUGGAAUGACCUUUGGCUUAACGAGGGCUUUGCAACGUACAUGGAGUACACGUCCGUCAUGCAUGUGUUCCCCGAGCUGCAGAUUGGGGAUGAGUUCUUGAGCACGCGUUUCAGGGCCCUGUCCAGGGACUCUGUAAACUCCUCCCACCCCGUCUCCACUGUCGUGAGCACUCCUGAGCAGGUGUCCGAGAUGUUCGACUCCGUGUCCUAUGAGAAGGGAGCUUCAAUUUUGCUCAUGCUGAAUUCCGUGUUGUCGGAUGAAAAAUUCCAGAAAGGGAUCACCACGUACUUGAAUGCAUACAAGAGCAAGAACGCUGGGAGCGAUGACUUAUGGAACACCCUCUCACAGGUUGCAGGGCAGUCCUUCAGUGUGCCGGACAUGAUGAGGUCAUGGACGCAGCAGAAGGGCUUUCCCCUGGUUACCGUGCGGAAGAAUGGGACGCGUGUCAGUCUGUCACAGGAGCACUUCCUCCUCAGCGUGGAACCUGACAACGCCACGGCGCAACCCCCGUCAGAGAGCCUGUGGCACGUACCCCUGACGUACGUCAACGAUAGCUGCAGCCUCAGCCUCAGCCCAGCCUGCAAGCAAGUGGUGCUUCUCACCGACCGCACGAUGACCCUGGAUGUUCCGGAAGGGGUGAAGUGGCUGAAGUUUAAUUUGAAGAACGAGGGGUUCUACAUUGUGCACUAUGCGGAUGGGGGCUGGGCAGAGCUCACAGCUGCUUUGAUGAGCAACUUCACAGUUCUGACACCCGAAGACCGAGCUUCGCUCAUCCACAACAUCUUCGCCCUCAACAGACUGGGGAAGGUGUCGUUCAAGGAAGUCAUCAACCUCCUGGGCUACAUUCGAAAAGAUAAGGAACCUGCUCCUGUCCUGGAGGCCCUGCUUCAGCUGGACCGUCUCUACAGACUCCUCGAUAAAAAACAGGAUUUGAUUCAAAGGAUGCAGGCUUUCAUUCUCUAUCACUUCGGGGAGCUGAUGGACAGCCAGGUUUGGGAAGAGGGGGUGUCGGUGUCCCAGGAGAAGCUGAGGUCCACCCUGCUGGAGCUGGCCUGCAGAUACCACAGGGAGAAUUGCACGAAUAAAGCCAAGCAAAUCUUCGAUUCGUGGGCCUCUAAUGGCACAGAGAGGAUACCCGGGGACCUGCGGAGGGUGGUGUACGCUGUGGGCGCUGAGACGUUGUCCGGCUGGAUCACCCUGCGGCGUGCCUACGCGCUGUCCAACGUGGAGGCGGAAAAACGCAAACUCCUGCGGGGGUUAGCCAGCUCGCCGGAUGUGAGACUCAUCGUCGGGUUAUUGAAGGACGGUCUGGAAGGCAGCCUUAUUCAGACUCAGGAGCUCCCGCUGAUCAUCGAUACGAUUUGCCAGAGCUUUCCAGGCCACUUGUACGCGUGGGACUUUGUGAAGGAGAACUGGGCUGUGCUCAUACAGAAAUUUCCCUUGGGAUCAUAUUCUUUGGAAAGGAUCAUAACAGCAACAACAUCCCAGUUUUCCUCACGGGUGCACCUUUUGGAGGUGCAGACCUUCUUUGGCUCGCUGGGAGAAAAAGGUUCCCAGCUACGGAGUUCCCGGGAAGCGGCAGAGACGAUCAAACUGAACGUGCAAUGGAUUGAGCGGAACCGGGCCACACUGUGGGACUACCUUUAGGUCUCGGUGGUACACGUUGCUACACACGGCAUCGCCUCACUGUUUUUAAAAAUGACGGUUUUACCCCCAGCGCCGCUGCCGUCAGCCUGGCAGAAAGCCUGUUUGCACUAUUAGGAGUUCUAGCUAGCUCAGGUCCUGUCUUGGUUCUUUGGGUUAGAGCUCACUAUGACCCCCUGCGUUGUCCCACUGCAGACCAAACUGUAGAAUUGCAGAGAAAUGUUGCCUUGUUUCUGUUGUUUGCCCACCGCAAAAACUCCACGCCCAACUCUGACACGCAAAAACGCAGCGCCCCGCCCACUGCGUGUUUCCUCUUUCCCCUCCAUUCAGAAGUUUUACUCCAAGUUACACUCGCCAGAAAAUAACGGUGCACUCCUAUAAGCAUAAUGAUUGUAUGAGACUAUGGUUUGUUUGGUUAAUGUACAUAAAUUGUUCUUUGGGACUAUUAAUUUACACUGUGCAAUCUAUGUGAGAGUUGAGGGUUUUGCAAUGCUUGUAAAGUUGUAAUUAUGAUGUAUAUAGCUAUUUAAGCAGAUCUGCGUCAGAACAGUGACAGUGUCUGCACUUUUGACCGACCACUUUCUGUGCUUUUGCUUGAAGGUGUGUUUUUACUUGUAUAUAUGGUGUGCAAAGAUUAGUGAAGGCUUGCACAUACAGUCCCCUACAAACGUAUUGAUAUGGUAAGGUCAGUUUGUUGUUGCUCUACACUGAAGACAAUUUAUGUUUAGGUCAAACGAUGUGCAUGAAAUGGCAGAUCCGAAUUUCAGCUUUUAUUUCCUGGUGUUAUCUAGAUUUGUUAAACAACUUAGAACAUAUGACAUUUUUUUAUCAGCCUACCAAAUUUUUGGGUGAGCAAAAGUAUUGGAACGUGACUGACAGGUGUUUCUUGUUGCCCAGAUGUGUCCUGUUAGAUUGAUUAGUUAAACAGUAAAUGGUUCUGAAUGUCUACUCUUGGUUUUAGCCUUGGGUUUUGCCUGUGAAGACUGUCUUUGUGUUAUAAUAGAUAAAGCAGUAUGAAGACCAGAGAACUGUCUUUGGGAGAAAAGCAAGGCAUUCAUUUUGAAGCUUAGAAAAGAGGGGAAAACAACAGCUGUGGGGAAAAAAGCAUCACGAAAGAAGAAUGCAACAGUUUAGUGAUGUCAUUGGGUCGCAGGCUUGAUGCAGUUAUUGCAAGCAAGGGCUAUAUUCCCAAAUAUUAAGUGUUAUUUUAUUUUAAUUUACUUAAAUACACUCUGUUCCAAUACUUUCGCCCCCUAAUAAUUUGGUGGAUACCAAAGGUGCUAUGUUCAAGUAGUUUUAACACAUCUAGGUGUAAAUACCAAGAAAUAAAAGCUGAAAUUCUGAACUUUUGUCUCGUGUUCAUCUUUUUAAUCUCAACCCCAAAUGUAUUCAGUGUAUUGCAAAAACAAAGGAAUUGGCCUUGCAGUUCAAAUACUUUUUGAAGGGGCUGUAAAGAAUGGCAGUAAAAUGUAUUUUCAGUUUGUUUUUAAUCCUUCAGUGGAAAAGCAGUGGCUACAGUAUUGGGGGUUAAUGGAAGGACUGUAUGCCAACCUUUCAAGUAGAUACUGUUGCCCAUUUUGAAUGAAAUGAAUUCCAUGACAUCAUGGCUCAAAUUCGGUUAGAUUAUCAGUGGCGAGAGAGCAGCUGUGUUCUGGCUGCCCCUGUCUAAGUUACUACUGUCGUUAUUAAAGGUUUACUGUUCUACUGGAAGCCUUUGGGAUUACUCAUAACCCAAAAAAGAAAGCACAGUCCAUGGUGUUUCUCUGGACAGAUGCAUUCACCGUUAACACAAAAACUUCUCCAUUCUGCAAGCGCACAAGCUGUUUUCCCGAGAUGCACCUAAUUCUGUCAGCCCUUUACAAGAUUAAAAAAUUUACUUUAAGAGUGUUUUGCAAGAUUAUAUAUUUUAUAAGCAUAAGUGGUUGGAUUAGCAUUGGUAGGCAGUGUAGCUUUUUGCCCUGAAUGGCUGCAGUAGCUGUUGAAGCCCUAGGUGGACUGCAUAUGAAAGUACAGCUUUAGCCCGUCAGUGUCUAUGAAAGGACGCAUCUGAGGCCCCCCAAUGCACCUCACUGAUCCUGCAUUCACAGGUUGAAUUAUUGUUAAUCAUCCUUUUUUUCACAAAUUGAGUUGUUAAAAGAUCAUAAUUCUAUAUUUUAAAUAUGAUUUUAGAUUUCCUAAUUCUGUUGCAUGAGGAUUAUAGUUUUCAGUGCUGCUGGAUCCAGCUUCCUGGUCUCAGAAGUAUUCCUACAGAUGGAGCUUCCCAUACAGUUUGAUUGUGAAAAAAAUUGGGGCUUUUGCUUUCACACAUUUUAUUUGUUUUUGGUUUUGUGUGAGAAUAUGGUAAUUUUGUAUGCUUUGAAGUCAUAUGAUAUGAUGGGUCUCAUUUUUAUUUGUUUCUUUCUGUUACGUCAGUAACUCCCCUAUGUGCAGGCAGCUCUACAUGGAUCAGCAAUCUGCCCACCAACUCCAUGUUUCGCUUUAAAUAAAUUAAAUGUUUUAAAUGAAGGUUAUUUGGGAAAAUGGUUACAUGUGUCUUAUUGUACAUACGACAGGGGAGAACUCAGACUGAAUUAUAUGGCCAGGUCAUAUAAUUAUUAUUUUUCUGCUUCUGAAUUUUUAUUAUAUUUUCCAGUCGUCUCCCAAGGGAAGCUUACACUUGAAUUUUUUUCAGGAAAGUAAAUGGGAGCUUUUAUGUUUCACGGGAGUGCUGAAGGACUAAACAAGGCAUUUCUCUUCUCUAGGUUGUCGAUGUUAACAUGCUCAGGCCAAAACAAACAAAAAAAUAAUAAAAAAUAUUUUUAGGA